GUAUCCAGGAUCUUGUGACCAUGGAUCGCGCUAAACCCGGCUCCUUCAAGAAACGGCUGACCCGCGUGUUGAGUCUGGGAGGGAUUGAGCCACCCACCCUUCCGCCCAGCCCGGUCCGGAAGAUCAACGGCAAGUUAAGGCCAAUGAGUGAUGGGGGAGUGCAGGGGGCAACAUUCUACCUCCCAUCUCCAGUCACCUCUCCUACAAGGAUGACGUCACCCAACACCUCACCCCAGAACAAGCCGGCCCCCACCAGCUCCCUACCACUGGGCAAGUGGCAACUGAUGAUCCGAGAGACUACGGUCCCCAGCUCCCAGCUGGUCGGCUGGACACGGGUCUGGCGACUCGCUCGUCUCCUCCUCGAUACCGGCUGUUGAACAGUUAGCUCUCCUAUAGGCCUUGUAUCCCGCAUCCUUAUCCGGGACUCCACAGGUUCACUUGACAAUACGUUAGUUUCUCUAGUACUUAUAGACGCACCAUCCUCCUUCCAGAUUCGGGGUGAACCUGUCCCGUACACACUUUACGUUGUGUGUAGUUUUACGAUUUCAUUAGUUAAUUUUCAUUCUAUGAAUGAUUUCUAGUAACCCCCUCAUGAUGAGUUUAAGCCUCAUCGGUUGUAUUCGUGUUUGGUUCUGUCAAUAAUCUGGUGAUUGUAGGUGCUAAGCUAAGCAAUAAUAGACUACCUUAUCGAUUGUUCACUUCAAUUUGUUUCAAUACUAUCACUUUAGUAAUAAUUAUAUUUAUGUUUAUUUAACAAUAUUAUGUUUUUAAUCAUGAGUUUGUAAAACUUAGUACUAUUUAUAUACUUUUAUUUUUUCAAUAACACUACUAAAUGGUGUUUAAAACUACUACUACUUAAACUAUGUACAUUUGUAUUGUACCUUAGAUACAUUUAUGAGGAGAUAUAGUCGUCUCCUUUGUUAUUAUAGUAUUUACAGAUGGAGUAUAUUUAUUUUCCCUUAUAAUAUGCCUCAGUGUAUUAUAAUAUCAUUAGUAUAUUGAAGGCGAAAUGUAGUAAAACUACUAAAUAGUUAAUCGUUCCCUAUUACGUUCUAUGAGAAGUCAUACACUAAAAUCUUGUGCAGAAGCAGCAGCCCAUGUAAAUGCUAUAACUGAUGAUGAUGAGUUACUUGCCGUCCUUCUGGGUUAAUCUCCGUACCUGAGUCCUCGAGUUUACAGAGGUGCCAACUUAAAUCAAAGAAAUAUUUUAGUUAGGGACGUGUCAAGUGGAACUCCCCCGCCCGCUCGCCGCCCACUAGAGGCUGUGCCGAAGCUUUAAGUUACCUCCCAAGGUUGGCACCCCUCAUCCCCUCUCGCCCUCACUAGUUACCACCAAAUGACACUUGCCGGGUUAGAUUGCUAGUACGUGUUCUACGGCUCUGUAUAGUUUAAUUCCAAUAAUAUAUUUUUGUUUGUGUUGAUGUUACAAUGUUGAUAUUGGUUUUGUAAUAAAUUAUUAAUUACCUAAAUGUU